AUGGUUUUCAAAGCUGCAGGGGGCGCGGUGAGAGCCCCCUCACUAAUCAUCACAGCCAUGACUGAGAAAAGAUCUCGCAGUUCUUCCAGAGAGCCUCCUCAGAAACAGAGGGACUCCGCUGGCCAAGGGUCGAAAAGAGAAAAGAAGGAAAGUCAAGGCUCAGGAAGAUCCAGGAGCGGACGGGCUAGAGAACCCACAAAGAAUGACACUAAGGUAUCUACUGUGGUGGAUGUGGACGAUGUGGUGGCUUCAGAUGAGGAGACAGAAAUUAUAGGUCUUCUGGAGGGCGAGCAAAAGGAUGAAGCUGUGAAGUCUACAGGUCUCAGAGUAUGUGAAGUGCUCCUCACUUUUUGUUGUAUGCUGCUGGCCAUCCUGACCUUCCCUGUAUCCAUCUGGUUUUGCAUCAAGAUUUUGAGAGAAUAUGAACGUGUUGCUAUUUUCCGUCUUGGACGCUUGUUGCCGGGACGUGCCAGAGGACCUGGGAUCUUCUUUUAUCUCCCUAUUUUGGACAAAUGUACCAAGUUAGACUUCCGUAUAAAGACUUUUGAGGUUCCUUUCCACCAGAUUGUCACUAAAGAUUUAGUUACUUUGGAAGUUGAUGCAAUUUGUUACUACCGCUUUGAAAACGCUGCUCUGUUUCUGACCAGUGUGAGCAAUGUCUCCAAUGCCCUGCAGUUGCUAAUCCAGAGCACUACAAAGCGUCUUCUGGCACACAGGUCUUUCUUAGACAUCUUACUGGAAAGAAAAAGCAUCGGAGAGGAAGUAAAGGUGGCAUUGGAUGCUGUGACAUGUCACUGGGGGAUCAAAGUGGAAAGAACAGAAAUAAAAGAUGUUAAACUUCCUGAAGAAGUGAAGCAGUCGAUGGCUGCAGAGGCAGAAGCACAAAGACAUGCCAAAGUGAAGAUUCUUGCAGCGGAAUGCGAAAAAACGGUGUCAGAGUCACUCAAACUGGCAGCGGAGAGUUUAUCAGGAUCACCCACAGCAGUUCAGCUCCGGUAUCUUCACACGUUACAGUGUAUGACAUCUGAGAAACCCGCCACCUUCCUUGUGCCGUUCCCUUUCGACCUCAUGAACCUCAACAUCACGCCAAAUUUGCAGGCGAAUAAUUCAAAGACAGACAAACCUAAAUCUGAUACGGAAGCAGACCAGAAUACGAAGAAGGAUUCUCCGAUGCUUUAAACCAAGGAAGUCAUUGAAUAUAUACGGACAUCAAAAGGCAAAAAGACAAAAAGUGGAGGCGACAUCCUUAAUAGUCACAUUUCUGCUUAAAAAUUCCCAGCAGACUCCAAAAAAUGAAAGCAACUGAUUUCUAUGGGUAACUCCUCCACCGUCUGUCUGAUGUCAUUUGGAUUAUUUGUUACGUUUAUGUCUCCUCCUCUUAUUAGUGACAUAUGGAAAAUUACAUAUUUCUAUAUGUAGAGCCACAGUUAGCAAAACUGUCUAAGGGUACUUUCACACUAGCGUUAUUCUUUUCCGGCGCUCAAAUCCGGAAAAGAACUGAUCAGUUUUAUCCCCAUGCAUUCGGAAUGGAGAGUAAU